AUGGGCAGGAAGAAGAAAUCUAGGGCUUCUCCUUCAGUGGAGGAAGAAGGGAGGGCCGCAGAGCAGGAAGUGGCGGCCGAGGAUGGAUUACGUGGGGGCGAGAAGAGCUUGUACGAGGUGUAGGAUCUAAUCUAAUCUCCUUCGAUCGCUUACGCUUUUGCGUUCUUUUUUUUUACGAUGUUUCGCAUCCCUCGCUUCAUGUUGAUUUUACUUCAAUCUAUUGCCGGCUCUCUGCACCCCGAAUACCUGCUUGUUCAUGCAACUUUGAUUUAUUGUCUGCGCCUUGUGCUUUCCUAAUUAGAUGACCCAUUUGGGAGCAUAUUUUCCCUAUUUGCUCCUAAGUGAAAGUUUUACCAAUAGUAGGAUGCUGAUGUCCGUAACCAAGAAACAUUUCCCGCUCACAAAUCGAGUUAGAUAUGAAGCCGUUUAUUUCUAAUAUAAUUAGCGCAAAUCCUUGACUACCUGGAAGAAACUGUUUGCGUAUUUUUUUAUUAAACUGCAAAUAGGUGGACGAAUGAUUGCAACUGUAAAAUAUUGGUUGGAGUGGGCACCUGAGGCGCCACACGCAUCUUCUUGAAUUACAGUGCUUCUCCAUAGUGUAAUGUCAGUUUGGCUGUGGCUGGUCGUUAGAGAGCGGAGACACCAACCUUGGAAGACGACAUGCUACUACUUAGCUUGUCUAAUCUCUUAUCGUCUAAUUUAUUCUCGGAGGAUGUUCUAUUUUUCUACGAAUGACGGCAUUAAAUUUAUGAAAUUCGUGCGAAAAAACUGUUAUCAAUCUAAUCGGUGGAUAAAUCAGGGCACCGAGUUUCAAUCUCCAUCUAACUUGCUUGGAAGAUUUUAUGUGAUUCAUCCCAGUGAUGUAUUCGUGAUGAUCGUAAAAUUGGUUUUCUGAUGCCAAACGUUGGUUCCGAAAUUUCAGUAGCUGUUUUUUUAGGGAAGAAGAUGAAUCUGGUAACAUCACCGACUGCUUUCAUUCAUCAUGCGUCUGAUUAUUUUUCACGCACUAGUUAGUUUAGUUGUACCAUCAGACAAAAAAUGCCGGAAUUCCACCUGUAUAGACUUUUUUUAUGCAGCUCUAUUAGUUUAAUUUAUUGAAUGAAACCUUGAAUGGAUUUCAAAUUAAAUCAGGAUGUAGGAACGCAAACAAAAUGUUGAAUAAUAGUCCUUACUCUUGUUUUGGGAGUGUUGAUGAGAUGAUCAUCGAUCCGGACGAUAACUGAAAAUUACGAAUUCUGCAGAAGUCAAUCAUAUUUCUGUUCUCUUGUCUGCUGUUUAGUCACGCUGCACAGCUCAUUGAAUAGAAGAUUCCUUAUGUAAUGUGUUUCCACAUAGAUUCUUGGAGUGGAAAACUCAGCUUCUCAACAGGAAAUAAAGAAAGCAUACUACAAGUUGGCCUUGAAGCUCCAUCCCGAUAAGAAUCCAGGGGAUGAGGUAAUAUGCUGGGUUAAUUUAUCACUAGUUCUACUGUUUCGUUAGCUUUUUUAACAUUUAUGCCUCAUAAUGGUGAUAAUUACCUUUCAGGAGGCCAAGGAAAAGUUUCAGCUCUUGCAGAAGGUCAUAUCAAUUCUUGGGGACGAGGAGAAAAGGGCACUUUAUGAUCAAACUGGCUUUGUUGAUGACAAUGUGAGUUUUUGUGAAGACUCAAAUUUUCAUUUUAACUCUUACUUGCCAAUCAGGUGGAAUCUUGAAAUUUAUUUUGUAUACUGCAUGUAAUUAUCAUGAUAAUCAGGAUCUUGUGGGGGCUGGAGCUGAUGACCUUCAGGAAUUCUUCAGAGCGACAUAUAAGAAGGUAGAUGGUCUUUCUCUCUCUCUCUCUCUCUCUCUCGCAGAAGAAACAAACACUUCUCUUCUGUAAUCGCUGACGCAUAUGGAGUGUUUCCUGGAAAUAUAACCAGGUGACGGAAGCUGAUAUUGAAGAGUUUGAAGCCAAUUAUAGAGGAUCAGAUUCAGAGGAGAAGGAUCUAAAAGAAUUGUACAAUAAAUUCAAGGGCAAUAUGAACAGGUAUUUAUGAUCAAGUAGUGUUCUACACAAUUACCAUGACGUGCAACUUCUCACAGUACGGUAUGUUUUAGGCUUUUCUGUUCUAUGCUAUGCUCCGAACCAAAGCUUGAUUCACAUCGUUUCAAGGAUAUCAUUGACCAAGCAAUUGCUAAAGGUAUGUGUUGAAGAAGCAGUAGCUUCUUUUAAUGAUGUGAUCUUUUUUUUCCUUCAUAAAGUUCCUAUUUAAACCGAGCAAGUUUACAUGUUUCAUGAGUAAUUGUGGAAAACAAAGCUUCUGGAUCCAGGAGACAGUGAACACAAUUCCGUUAAUCGUUCUUCUCAGUCCCACCUAGUUCGUUCUCUGCUCCGAUUUGUUUGUUUUCUGCAACUCGUUAGAGCAUGUAAGAAGAGGAGAGCAAGAAGGAUACGAGGAGAAGGGAAAGCUUAAUGUAUCGCAUGGUCCAUUGAUUAUGUUCUAUACGAGUUUUCUUCUGACGAAUUUAGGCAAACAAUCAAUAGAAAACAAUGGAAAAUACGAUGACAAGAACAUACAAGUAAAAUCCUCCUGUUUUAUCAAAACUAUAGACUUUGAUAAGUGUUCAUGGAAGGUUGCUGGAGAUACCAGUGCAGACGUAUGUUUCUGGCGGAAUUUUUGUUGACAGUGGAUACAAAUUGCAGCUGGGUUUGCUCUGAUUUCUUCAUAGAACUUUUAAUAUUCGCAUUAUUUUUCUAUCCAGAACCCGUUGACCAACGCCGCUAAGAUGGUGGUGGUGUGGAAGUAGUCUGUCGCAAUUAUUGACAUGAUUUUUGGGGUGUCCUCCAUUUACAGCACAGAAUUGUUUGGCGAUGCAGCUAAUAAUUGGGUAUUGCAAUUAAAAUUGGGCAUUGAUUAUGGAAUAAUAAUAAUAUGCAGCUAAUAAUUCAGCUAAUAAUCUGAAUUCUCAACACUGGCUGAACAUUCACUUAAUCUUUCUUGGGUAUUGUAGGCGAGCUGAAAUCGACGAAGGUCUAUCAGAAAUGGGCGAAACAAGUCUCUGAAGUCAAACCACCCACAGAUCCCCUGGGUCGGAGAAGAAAGUGAGUGGGAGCCCGGCAGCUCCGCUCCUCAUCUGUGCACGCGCUCCGCGCUCUAUCUGACUCAGUUCUUCUUCUUCUUGAUCCUGCCAGCUCGAAGAAAGAGUCAACCGAUGAUCUGCUUGCGGUUAUUACCCAGCGCCGCGGCGAAAGAAAAGCCCAGCUGAACUCCCUUCUCUCUUCUAUAAUCGACAAGUGCAAUGGCAGCAGAGACCAGGAACCCUCCGAAGAGGAGUUUCAGAAGGCGAGGAAAAGGCUGGAAGGCAACAAGAACGCUCUGAAGAGGAAACACUGA